CAUAGAAGUCUGAUCAGUGAAGAAGAUGAGAGUAUUACUCCUCUUAUUUGGCAGUUGCCUAUGUCUUCCAUGUAACAGUGCAGUUGGAAAUUCUUGGUCUUUACAAGUUUCCAAAGAUGUUACAGGUGAGGUUGGUAAAAUAGCCUCUCUGCCCUGUCUGUUCAGUCACCCUCACAAGAGCCAUGACAGUGGGUUAACAGUCAUAUGGAGAAUCAAACAUCCUUACAAUGGCACGGUGGUCUUCAAGUGUGUGAGCGACAGCUUCAGGGAACCUUGUAAAACUACCAUCAACUACAUGAACAAGUUCAGUUUGAUUGGGAACCUUCAUAACAACAACAUCUCCAUCAGCAUUAAGAACCUGACGUGGGAGGAUAGUAAUAGAUACUACUGCCGGGUGGAGCUGUCCAGCGAUAGACAUGACAAAUAUGAAACUAAAUCCGGUACUUUGCUGCAUUUAACUGCUGCUCCUAGGAUUGUUAACAUCUCGGUGGCAUUUGAUAAAGCUCUGGGGUAUCACGCGGUCUGUACGGCUGAAGGGGAACCAGUACCAUCUUUGCUCUGGACUGACCCUAUGAAUAAUCAUGAAGAUCCGUUUCUUACCAGUCCCAUCUUAAAGCAUCAACGAACCACAGAACUGCACCACCUGAGGCAUGAUGGGAAAUACACGUGUGUGGCAACAAACAGUCAUGGAAAAGUAGAAGGAUCAGUGUACUUCUAUAAAUUUACAGCAGAGGGCAGCAGCAGAAUGGGGUACACUAUAUUAUGUGCUGCACUUGGAGCCAAACUGCUACUGCUGUUCCUGAUGUUUGGGGCAGUCAGCUAUUACAGCAGAGCUGAUGAUACAAAGUCUAUUGCUGACCCUUCACGGAACACGCAGGAGUCCACAUACGAAAAUUACAACCAGAGAUCUCAGUGAUGUCCUCAAGUCAAGAGAAACAACUUCUAAAGAUCCGGCCCGGACUCAUAGAUACAGU